UUGACAUUUUUAAUACAACAGUGUUGGUUUAUCAUUGCACAGAUGGCUUUUUCUCUUCGCGUCUUCUUCCUCCUGUGUGGGAUCAGUGGAGUGUUUGGUAGCUGUCGUUCUGGCUGGACACUCCGUAACAAUGAAUGUUACAUCUUCGAACCCAGUCAAGUGUCUUAUCAAGAUGCAAAGAGAAACUGCGAGACCCUUGGUGCUCAACUGGUGACCAUCAAUACAGCGCGACAUAAUUACACUCUUAAUGAGAUCAGAGACGCUAAUGCCGAUGCCAUCGUAGACACCUGGAUAGAACUCACCAGCCAGGGCUGUGGAAGUUCAGCAGUGUGUGCGUACAUUAAAGAUCCUGCACCUGAUGGAGCGUGCAGCACCGCCAACUGCAAUGUCAGGAAGCCAUAUGUUUGCAUCAUGUAGAUGUAAACGUCAACAGCGGCCCUUAAUCAUACAAGGCAUGAGCAAACUGACUCUGCAUUCCAUAAAUUGGCCAAUAAGCUUUUUAAUCUGUCCCAAAUUUGCUUCUUUACUGCUAUUGAAUAAAUUAUUUCUGAAGCUAGAGAGUGGAGGGUGGGGUCUGCAGAUCAGCGCUAAGACAGAGAAACAAGAUUCCUACGACUAGGUUCUGUAAAAAAACUACUUUUUAUAGGACAUUUGUGUGUUUGUUUUCUUGUUUGGCUGUGUUGUUUGUCACAUUUUUGCUCGAUGAUAAACAAGUCAAGGAGGUUGUCGUUGGUGCGUUCACAUACUCUUGAUGUUCAAUGUUUGAUUGUUCAUCUACACUCUGGGUGUUUUAAUCAAUAAAAAUCUGCAAAUUA